AUUUUAAAUGCCCAAGAGCAACACUUGAGUAAACAUUAUUUUCAGCUUUAAACUGUCGCAACAUUAAAAUUUAUACAAUGAUAUAGUCAUUGAAUUUGAGCUAAGACCCAUGGCUGCGCACUAUUAAAAACACAUUCAGGAAUAAAUUGAAAAGUAAAAGUUCAGCAAAUAAUUUAUUCACCUGUUCGUAAAAAUACUAAAAAUGGGAAAAGUAAUGGAAGAUGUGUUUGGACGUACCCAAACCAAUAAACCAGAGUUUGGUGGAAGUAGUCAAAAGGUCUCAUCGGUAAUACUAACAAUACCCAACCAUUUACCUAUGAGCGCUACAUCUAUACCAACAACUGCCAUGAAUAUACACGUAAAUGCCAACACAUUGAAAUACAUUAGUUUAAUAACAUUAACGUUGCAAAAUGCAAUACUUGGGCUUAGUAUGCGAUAUGCACGUACGCGGCCUGGAGACAUUUUCAUCAGUUCCACAGCCGUGCUUAUGUCCGAGAUAGUCAAACUUUUCACAUGCUUGGUGCUAGUGUUCAACGAGGAGGGCAAAGACGCACAAAAAUUUGUACAUUCUUUACACAAAACAAUCGUUGCCAAUCCCGUAGACACGCUCAAAGUGUGCGUACCCUCACUAGUUUACAUUGUGCAAAAUAAUUUGCUAUACGUAUCCGCCUCGCAUCUGGAUGCUGCCACAUAUCAAGUAACCUAUCAACUUAAAAUUCUUACCACAGCCAUGUUUGCUGUGUUUAUACUGCGACGUCGCCUUAUUAAUACUCAGUGGGGUGCAUUAGUACUAUUGAUCGCAGGCGUCGUAAUGGUGCAAUUGGCACAGACAGUGGAUGAUAGUGUAAGCAGCGCACCGCCAACUGGUCCAGAGCAAAAUCGUAUGCUCGGAUUAUGGGCCGCUCUGGGUGCUUGUUUCCUAUCUGGCUUUGCCGGUAUAUACUUCGAAAAGAUUUUAAAAGGUGCAGAUAUUUCAGUAUGGAUGCGCAACGUGCAAUUAAGUUUACUUAGCAUACCGUUUGGCAUACUGACGUGCUUCAUUAAUGAUGGACGACAAAUAUCAAAUGUCGGCUUCUUCCAUGGCUACGAUUUAUUUAUUUGGUACUUAAUAUUUUUACAAGCUGGUGGUGGACUUAUAGUGGCUGUCGUUGUUAAGUAUGCGGACAACAUAUUAAAAGGAUUCGCCACAUCUUUAGCUAUCGUAGUUUCAUGUGUUGCAUCUAUAUACAUUUUCGAAUUUCAUUUGACGAUUCGCUUUGCGGUUGGUGCCGGUUUGGUAAUUGCGUCAAUAUUCUUGUAUGGUUACGAUCCAAAAAAAUCAACUGUAGGCAUUAAGCAAGGAUCGACAGGUACUGGACAAACACAAUUAGAGGAUGAAGAAAAGCUUUUGCCUAGAGUUUAAUAAUUGGAGUUGGCACUUGAAAAUCAAUUUGCAAAACAUUGAUUUACAGUAUUCGAAUUUGAAUUGGCGUAUUUUACCGGCUUCUAAAAGUCAAUUAAAAUUAUUUAAACAACCGAUUUUUAAGCUUAACAAUUUGACUUAGUCACAAGAUGUAAUGUGUGAAUCUAUUUAUAAAUAACUAUAUUAUUUUUUCGCAAUACUACUUUUCUCUGUACAAUUUCUUUUAUUUAUGUACUAAAGGUCAUAUUUUUUAAUAUGUAUGUAUAUAUUGAGUCUGAUUUGUAGGUUUAAAACCAAAAAAUUUUGAUCCAAGUCUAAAGAAAUGUGGGUAAUCUAUGAUAUUUCCUAUUAUUUUAAAUUAAUAUUUCAAUAAUCUACAGCUGAAAUAUUAAGCUACUAUUUAAAAUUUAAUUGAAUAAAUUGUAAGCAAUUUCUCACAAACUAAAA